AUGGCGUGGCGUAACCAAGGAAUUACAGGAUCUAACAAUAUCCCACUUGGCAGCCGCCGCAGAUUGGGGGGUGAUGAAGACAUCGCCAAAAGUGAGGACUCGACCGCAAUGUCAACACCAGAUCCUGGGUAUAAGCGUGGUCGAAGUCCGGUGCGUGCUAAUCUGCCUGAAGAUGGCAUCAAGAAGCGCAAGAAGCGCAACCGUUGGGGAGAUGCAGAGGAAAACAAAGCAGCUGGUCUCAUGGGCCUACCCACUUUAAUCAUGGCAAAUAUGACCAAUGAACAACUUGAGGCCUAUACGCUUCAUCUUCGUAUCGAGGAAAUCAGUCAGAAACUUAGGAUCAAUGAUGUUGUUCCUGCGGAUGGAGACAGGUCACCUUCUCCUCCUCCACAGUACGACAACUUCGGUAGACGUGUGAAUACCAGGGAAUACCGCUACCGGAAGCGACUGGAAGACGAACGUCAUAAACUGAUUGAGAAGGCGAUUAAAGCCAUCCCUAAUUAUCACCCGCCGUCUGACUACAGGCGUCCGACUAAAACACAGGAGAAAGUCUAUGUGCCCGUGAAUGACUAUCCAGAAAUUAACUUCAUUGGCUUACUUAUCGGACCUCGUGGAAAUACUCUCAAGAAGAUGGAAACAGAAUCCGGUGCUAAAAUUGCCAUUCGGGGCAAAGGCUCUGUCAAGGAAGGCAAAGGUCGAUCUGACGCGGCUCACACUAGCAACCAGGAAGAAGAUCUUCACUGUCUGAUCAUGGCAGACACGGAAGAAAAGGUAAACAAGGCGAAGAAGUUGAUUCAUAAUGUUAUCGAAACUGCUGCCUCGAUUCCCGAAGGUCAGAAUGAGCUCAAGCGAAAUCAGCUACGAGAGCUUGCUGCACUUAACGGAACGUUGAGAGACGACGAGAAUCAAGCUUGCCAGAAUUGUGGUCAAAUUGGUCAUCGCAAAUAUGAUUGCCCCGAGCAACGCAACUUCACUGCCAGCAUUAUUUGCCGUGUUUGUGGAAAUGCCGGUCACAUGGCGAAAGACUGUCCAGACCGCCAGAGAGGGACUGACUGGCGCAAUCAUGGCCCGCCUGGUCAAUCUGGUCGUAGGGGUGGCGGUGAUGCUGUGGACCGCGAGAUGGAGCAACUCAUGCAAGAACUCGGAGGUGCCGCGCCUAGCGACGACAAACCUCCCCGCCGCAUCGAAGCUGGUCCUGGUGGUUACGAACAAAAUGAUAACUAUAGUGGUGAACGCCAAUUGAAACCAUGGGAACGCGGUCCUACCGGUGGGCCCGCUCCUUGGCAACGACCAAGAGAAGAGCGCUCCCGUGACGAUUAUCCACCCCGCGAACAUGGAGCUCCUCCUCCUUGGGCAGCUGGCGGUGCUAGCGGGCGUUAUGAUCGGGGCGAUCGAGGGGACCGUGGUGAUAGAGAUAGCAGAGGUGGUGAUGGAUAUGGGUAUGGAUCGCACAGCGGCGGGUACGGGGGCCACGGUGGGCAUGGACAUGGAGGACAAGGCGGAACGGGAGCACCGGCUCCUUGGCAACAACAGCACCAUGCACCACAUCCAGCACCUGCACCAGUACCAGUACCGGCAGUGGCCCCCCCAGGAGGACAUACAAGCUAUGGCUACCCUGGCUAUUCGGCUUUCCCACCCCAACAACCCAUGGGAGCUCCCCCUGGCCUCAGUGCAGUCCCCCCUCCCCCUCCGGGAAUGGGAGCCAUAUUCUCAGGUUAUGGUGCGGGAAUCACACCGCCUCCGCCCCCUCCUGCCGAGGGACCACCACCUCCGCCACCGAGCGACCAGCCACCGCCUCCUCCACCCGCUUAA